ACAACUACAUGUUUCUGUCUUGCACUUUGGCCUUUUAUCUCCCAAGUGUGCAUUGCAUGUUUUUCUUCACAGGCUAUAAAUGCAUGGUAAUAAUGCCUACAAGCUUCUCAGUUCCAACACCAUCAUCACCACCAUCUCCCUUGCCAACUUUUCACAGACCUCACCUCAAAUCCUCCUCCUCUACCAUUUCCUCUCCCUGACCUCAGCCAUUUCUCAUACACAUGGCACAGCGUCACCCGCAACCUUGGUACUCUUGGGAGCCACACAUGAGUCUCCACCACCACCAUUACCAGCAUCUCUACCGAGCGGAGCAAGAAGAAGCCCGGUACGAGAGAGAACACAUGUUUGAGAAACCCCUGACCCCGAGUGAUGUAGGCAAGCUCAACAGGCUGGUCAUACCGAAGCAGCACGCCGAAAAGUACUUCCCCCUCGGCGGCGACUCCGGCGAUAAAGGCCUGCUGCUGAGCUUCGAGGACGAGUCGGGCAAGACAUGGCAGUUUCGGUAUUCGUACUGGACCAGUAGCCAAAGCUACGUGCUUACCAAGGGGUGGAGCCGUUUCGUCAAGGAGAAGAGACUAGAUGCUGGCGAUGUGGUCCUCUUCGAGCGUCCACGGCUUGGAGGGGACCGUCUGUACAUCGGAUGCAGGCAUCGCGGCGGAAACGACAGCCCGUCGCCGGCUCAGGCCACGACCAUGCCGGCAGCUGCAGGGCCAUGGAGCCCAGUGUACUACGCUGCUACUUGCUCGUAUCCAACGAGUAGCUCAUGCUUCAGCUCGGUGCAACAAGACUGUCUUCUUCAUGCAGGAGAUCAGAGGAACGAAGCAAUACAGAGUGAGACAGAGGCACCGACGACCUCGAAGCGGCUGAGACUCUUUGGCGUAGAUUUGGAUUACCAGCCCGAGCCUCGGCCAGAUCCCAUGACCUCAAUCUCAUGGUUUUAGGCCAGAGCGCGUGCCACUUCAUGCCAACAAAUGCGCGUCCGGCUCUCAAAUACAGUAAUACCUGGAGUUGCCUGGAACAAAGGGAAGAGGGUAGUGAACAGUAGGAAAGCUGAAGCGGAGGAGAGGGAGGAAAUCUGAGGCCAUGUUCACGAAUCCCACCAACCAAUCCUCUCCUCACCCAAGUGACAAUUCGAUUGACCUGCGAGUUGUGCAGGACCCAGCAACCACUGAGGACGGCAGAUGAGAACAGCAAAGUUGGAAAAGGAGGGAAGAAGAAAUCCCUUGUUUUCCGGGCAAUCUCCACUUCCUCAAUUUCCUUUCAUUUUCUUUCGGGAGUCCCACUCUACAGCAUGGCCUGUCGGUCUGACGGAUGGGAGAUCGGGUGAAGUUUCAGGAAACAUCAGAUUGAAAAGUAGUAGAUGAGAUGGGCGUGGGUCCUCUUCACCCAGUGGCACCAAGACUCUCUCUCUUGUUUAGUCUGUAUCUUUCGAGGAAAGAACUAAAAGAGUCUGAUGGGACUUUCCCUGUAGCAAUUCUCUCUCUCUCUCUCUCUCUCUCUCUCUCGCGUGAAGUGAGUAGGGUAUUCAUGACGUGAGGGGGUGCAGUGAAGGGCAUGACAUGAUACCUGCACCAAGAAAUGGUUCGAGUCUCUGUGAAAUCCAUGUCCUUGGCGCAGUGCUAAUAUCACUUCCAAGUGGGCUCACACUGCAAGAAGGGAUACAAGGAAUUUGUCUUAGCUAACGCUUGUGAGACAAGUUGAGAAAGAAAGCACCACAAAGUCCUUGACAAAAAGAAGCUAGAUUCUCAACAGCUUAACCUCCUGUCCCCUGCUUUUUGAUCUAUUUGCUAAGUCAUGUAUUAUACACCGGAUGAGUCACUAGUGGAAGGGAUGACUGUUCAAGUGUCAAGCUAGAGCAAAAUCAACUAGUUUAUAAGCUGUAAAGCUACAAAAGUGCAGAGAAAUUUCCUCAAAAGAAGUGCAGCAAAGUAAGCAA